ACUGCAAAAGCCUCCACUCCUCUGUUUUAGUCUAUUUCUGUAGUCCCUUAUUCUCUCCCUCUUUUAAUUCAGCUGUUCCUUUUUGUCAGAGCUCUCUCUCUCUCUCCAUCUCUGGAGAGUGUUGAAACCACCAAAAGUGAGCAAAGUCACCUUUUUUACUUACUGGGUUUCACUUGGUAUCGUCUUUGAGACUACCAAUUUCUGCCAAUUCCUUCGUAUAUAACCGAAACUUAUUGCCAUUAAGACAGUACCAGUGCCAGUCUUGGAAUUAUAAGCCUUAUCUUUUUGUUUAAUAGUAUUCUUUUUUUGCAAAAUUGUAACUCCCACAAUUUAUGUCACAAGGACAAACUCCUCUUGAAAACGAUUUACGGCACUCAUUUUUUCCUUUCAUUCCUUCUUUUUUUUCUUCUCUCAAGUGGAGUUAAGGAAAGCCAGCUGAUUUCCGGAGGCUCUUACAUUUGUCCAAAGUUUCUUCAUUGCUUUUUUUUUUUCAAUAUAUUUUUACCAUAAACCUUUCACUACAAAAGAUCUAUUUUGUUUGGAGAAACAAUAAUGUUACCUCAGAAACAAGCCGAAGAAGCCAUGGUUUCAACGUUAGACCAGGUUGAGCCAGGUGAUAGACAGGAUGAAGAGAGAGAAAAAGAUGAGUCUGGUUUUAGCUUCAAGACCUUUCUCUGGCAUGGUGGCUCUGUUUAUGAUGCUUGGUUCAGCUGUGCUUCCAACCAGGUUGCUCAGGUUCUUUUGACACUGCCUUACUCAUUUUCACAGCUGGGCCUGGUUUCGGGCAUAAUUCUACAAAUUUUUUACGGCAUUCUUGGGAGCUGGACUGCUUAUUUAAUCAGUAUUCUCUAUGUCGAGUACCGAAGCCGAAAAGAGAAAGAGAAUGUCAGCUUCAAAAACCAUGUAAUCCAGUGGUUUGAAGUCUUGGAUGGUUUACUGGGUCCAUACUGGAAAGCAGCUGGAUUGGCUUUCAACUGUACUUUCCUCCUCUUUGGAUCCGUUAUCCAGCUUAUAGCGUGUGCAAGUAAUAUAUAUUACAUAAAUGACAAUUUGGACAAGAGGACAUGGACGUACAUAUUCGGAGCUUGCUGUGCCACCACAGUUUUCAUUCCCUCGUUCCACAACUACCGGAUUUGGUCCUUUCUUGGUCUUGGAAUGACCACUUACACAGCUUGGUAUAUGGCCAUUGCGGCUCUUGUUCAUGGCCAGGUGGAAGGUGUUAAACACUCUGGCCCUACUCAAUUGGUUUUGUAUUUCACAGGCGCCACCAAUAUACUGUACACUUUCGGCGGACACGCCGUCACUGUGGAAAUCAUGCAUGCUAUGUGGAAGCCUCAGAAGUUUAAAUACAUUUAUUUGCUAGCUACUCUUUAUGUAUUCACCUUAACAAUUCCAUCUGCUUCUGCUGUGUAUUGGGCCUUUGGUGAUCAACUCCUCACUCAUUCCAAUGCAUUUUCACUCCUUCCCCGAAAUGCUUGGCGUGAUGCUGGGGUCAUUUUAAUGCUCAUCCACCAGUUCAUUACAUUUGGGUUUGCUUGUACACCAUUGUACUUUGUGUGGGAGAAAGUUAUAGGCAUGCAUGACACAAAAAGUAUAUGCUUAAGGGCACUUGCUAGAUUACCAGUGGUGAUACCAAUAUGGUUCUUGGCCAUUAUAUUCCCUUUCUUUGGGCCCAUUAACUCAGCUGUUGGGGCUCUUUUAGUCAGCUUCACAGUCUACAUCAUCCCUUCUUUAGCUCAUAUGCUCACUUUCAGAUCUGCUUCUGCCCGACAGAAUGCUGCUGAGAAGCUGCCCUUUUUCCUACCAAGCUGGACUGCAGUGUACAUGGUGAACGCAUUUGUAGUUGUUUGGGUUUUUGUAGUUGGAUUUGGAUUUGGCGGGUGGGCUAGCAUGACUAACUUCAUCAAGCAAGUUGACACAUUCGGACUAUUUGCCAAGUGCUAUCAGUGUGCGCCCAAAAUCCCGCCCCCACCUCAUCCCGCCCCAGCACAUCACUGAGUAACUGCUCUCUCUUUCUUUUGUAUUAGACAAAAGUUAAGAUCAGGCAUGCUCAUAAUCAGCAUAAUAAUCUACUUGGUGUUUAUUGCUGUAGUUCUUCUCAUAUCUUUUGUUGCACUCUUCAUAUAUAGAAUACUACUUGUUUUGGUUGGUAUAAUGGUUUUUCUCUGUUUAAAAUCAAAGGUAACAUGUAUCUUUUCUCAGCUCCAAUCAUGUUCGAGAGCUGUUAUAGGCCAUUAUUAGUUAGCAUCUUUAUACCAAAUUUUAGUAGCAAAGUUUCCAAAUAUGUAGAUGUUUUAAGAUUUGGUAAUUUGUUAUGAAUUUAAUAGAGUAAUUAGAGGUAAAA